AUGAUUAGAAAGGCUCCUAAAUUACAUUCAAUUUUUAUUAUAGGAGAUCAAUAAAUCGAUGAAUUGAAAGAUAAAAAUAUAUUUAGAGUGGAUUCUAUAAAUGAAAUAGAUAAUAUCUUAAAAAGUUUAGAGAAGAAAAACAGUUUUGAAAGUGAAAAAUUUAACAAAUAUGGUGUACCAAUAAUUUUAUAAGAAUUAUUAAAAUAUUUCAAAAAUAAUAUGAACCAUGAAGGAUUAUUUAGAAAAUGUGCAGUAAAUAGUGAAAUUUAAGAAUUAAUGGAAGAAAUAAGAAAUUAUGAUUUCAAAAGAGUUCAAUCUGCAAAUCCACAUUUAGUUGCAUGUGCUAUAAAAUAAUAUUUAAAUUAAUAACAAAUUCCUUUAAUAAAUACAGAAUUAAUAUUUUCAAAUGAAAUUAAUGUUAUUGGUGUAAUUAAUGAUCUAUCAGAGAUAAAUGCUAGAGUAUUAUUUAUGGUUAUAUCAUUUUUUCAAGAAGUAGCUAAGUGUGAAGAGUAAAACAAAAUGAAUACAAAAACAUUAGGAAUGUUAAUUGCACCUUCAUUAAUUAAAUUAUCUAAUUAAUGUGAUAAUCCUUUAGAAAAAAUUAAUAAAACAAUUAUGUUUUUAUAGAAAUUUUUAGAAAGUUUUCACAAAUUUGUUCCAAAUUUUCAUUAUGAAGAACUUUUAGAAUAUGAAGAAAUAGAUAAUGGAAAUGAAGUAGCAGAUAUAGAUUUGAGGGAAGAAUGGGGAAGAAUUAAUAAUGUAAAAUAACAUAUAAUAUGA